CUUACUCCAUCAGCACACUUUUCGAUAGGCAAGCUGCUGCGUAACACUGCACCGUACGUCUUUGUUUAGUUCAACUACACGUCCAGUCGAAAAAUAUGGCAGCGUUUCUAAGGCAUGGCGUUUUCAAAACACAAGUUAUAUCUUCAAGAAACGUCCUUUUGAGGUCGUAUGCCACGAAAGCUGAGAAAAGGAAAGGAAUCGACAGAAAGGUUGGCCCAAAAAUAAAUUCUACAGCUCAAUCUUUAUCCUCGAAAGGAUUCCUGCGACCACAAAAAGAAUACAUCCCACCAAAAGACGUCGAUUCGAAAUUAGAAUACGUCUUUAAAUCGGUUAUUGGUAGUACAGAAGAUAAUAAAUUAGUAACGGACUUGAACGAAAGAUUCAAUUUAUUUUUGAAAUGCGAGGAAGCGUUAGGACACGGUGUUCCCAAUUCCUUAUUACAUCACAUGAAAACUUUAGGGGAUGUUAAGUGCUUUUACAAAACUCCUGUGGACAUUAGGACGCCCCUAGAUAAAAUGAAAACGAUGGAUUUGCCCGAUAAUUUGCACGUGCAAUACGAAUACCACAGAUUUCAUCCCGAUACUGAUACAAAGUUUGGAGGAAGGACAGCUUUUCCGAAUAGUUCUACCAUCGUGACUGGAUUAAAAUAUAAAAAUAAAUAUCCAGGACACAACCAACCACCUCCUGAUCAAUAAUUGUAUUAAUAAAUAGUUUUCUUUAA